AUGGACCAGGAGAAGGUCGACGGCCUCGUCUUCAGCAGCAACUUCGACAGCGGCAACCUCCAGAGCGCCGAGCGCGCCAAGGACGGCGCCUGGGAGCUGACGAUCGCCAAGGACUGCGAGGGCACGGAGUUCGAGCGGCGGAGCAGCACCUGGUUCUACUUCCGCGUGCGCGACGAGCGCGAGGCCGAGCUCAGCAUCGCCAAGCGCGACAAGCGCGGCGCGCGGUUCCGCUUCACGGGCAUGUCGCGCCAGGGCGCGCUCUACAAGAACGGCAUGCGGCCCGUCGUGCGGCGCCUGACCGAGAAGCGGGCCGCGGGCGGCGCGUCCUGCUGGGCGGGGCUCGCGGGCGACGGCGGCUGGAAGCGGCUGCCGACGGGCGUGUGCUACCGGGAGCAGAGCGACCGCACGGGCGACCUCCAGUUCGACUGGAACUUCGGCACUUUAGGCGAGGAGGUCGAGUUCGCCUUCUGCUACCCCUACGCCUACGAGGAGUCGCUCGCGACGCACGACGCGCUCUGCGCGAAGCACGCGGCGGGCACGCCCCAGCAGGCCGACGAGCGCAUCGUGCUCCACCGCGAGCUGCUCUGCUUCUCCGUCGAGAAAAGGCGCGUGGAGAUGCUGACGAUCACGGACGCCUUCGGCGCCGCCGCGGUUCGCGAGUCGACGCUCGACCCCUACGCGCGCGACGGCUCGAGCCUGCGGCCGGAAGUCUACCCGGACAAGCCCGAGGUGCUCGUGAGCGCGCGGGUCCAUCCGGGCGAGACGCCGGCGUCCUUCGUGCUGGACGGCUUGCUGGAGCUGCUGCUAAGGCCGGACGACCGCCGGGCGAAGCUGCUGCGGCGCAAGUACGUCUGGCGCUUCGUGCCCCAGCUGAACCCCGACGGCGUCGCCCGGGGCCACUACCGCCACGACGUCUUCGGCGUCAACCUGAACCGCGUCUACUGGCCCCGGCCGGACCACCGCGCGGCGCCCGCGCAGGCCGCGCUCAUGGUCCUCGCGCGCGCGGCGAGUUGCCAGCCCGCGGGGCUCGCGCUCUUCGUGGAUUUGCACGCGCACGCGACGAAGCGGGGCGUCUUCAUCUACGGCAACCACAUCGACGACGAGGCGCGCCAGGUCGAGAACAAGCUCUACGCGCUCCUCCUGGCCGUGAACUCGAGCUUCUUCGACUACAACGCGUGCAACUUCAGCCGCGAGCACAUGCUCCGCCGCGACCGCGCGGACGCGGGCGGCGCGUCCGCCGAGGGCGCCGCGCGCGUCGCCGUGCUCCGCUACACGGGCCUCGACCGGGCCUACACGCUCGAGUGCAACUACAACAGCGGGCGGCUCACGAACCACGUGCCGGCCGCGCGCGGCGAGGGCGCGAACCGCGGCGCGUCCCCCGAGCGGCCGGCGACGCUCAAGAUGGAUAGUUACACGCCGGACAUGUGGCGCGAGGUCGGCCGGGCCCUCGGCGCCGCGCUCCUCGACGCCUUCUGCGAGAACCCCUGGGACCGCGUGGGCUCGAGCCGCUGGAAGUCCGUCGACGUCAUGCGCCAGUGGCUCGGCGACCACCCGCGCAAGGUCAACGGCCGGCCGCGCCGCAAGAGCCGCCCGACGCUCACCGUCGCCGACACGAACGGCGGGCCCACGCUCCCCCUGCUCCCGCGCCGCAAGGCCGCGUUCACCUAG